AUGGGUCCCGGUGGCCCCGGCCCCGCCUGGCCCCUGGCCGGGACUGUGCUCGUGGCCGUGGCCGCCUCGCUGGCGGCGGCGGAUGAGGACUGCCUGUGGUACGUGGACAGGAACGGGUCCUGGCACCCUGGCUUCGAGUGCCAGUUCCUGAGCUUCUGCUGCGGGUCCUGUCACCAGCGGUUCUGCUGCCGAGACCCCCUGCGCCUCAUCACCGAGCGCCAGCAGCGCCACUGCCUGGCCUUCAGCCCCAAGACCAUCGCGGGCAUCGCCUCGGCCGUGGUUCUGUUCAUCGCCAUCGUCACCACCAUCGUCUGCUGCUUCCUGUGCUCCUGCUGCUACCUGCACCGGCGGCGGCUGCGCACCCCCCUGCAGGGCCCGGAGAUCCCGCUGUCCAGUUACCCCCCCCCGGUGGGCCCAGCGCCGUUCCCUAUGGACCCCAAAGCCGGCCCCGCGCCCCCCCCGCCUGGCUUCACCCCCAUGCCCGUGUACCCCCCGACAGGCCCUGCUGCCCAGUACCCGCUGUACCCCUCCGGACCCCCCAUCUACAACCCCACAGCACCUCCACCCUAUGUCCCAGCACAGCCCAGCUACCCCGGAGCCUGAGCACCCAUGGGCGCCCCAGCACCCUCCUCAUGCAGGGCUGGGGGCCCCGGGAGGGUGCUCAGCCAUGGCUGGAUGAGGCCCAUGCGGAGCCGGCAGCACAGGGCGGCUCUUGUCCCACACACUGGGCCCUUUGUGGGUGCCCCCCACCCGGCCCUGGGUGCCAACAGCUCCGGGCACCCAUGGUGGGGGGGUGCCCGGGGGCCCCCCGACGGCCGUGCACUGCUGCACCCUGUGCCCCGCAUCCGGGCUCGGGAUUAAACCACUUCUUGUGCCCCACAGUCUGGUGUCGUCUCCAU